AUGACCUGUCGCGAACGUCCUGUUCGAAGAUCACUCUUAGAGUUUUAUGACCCAGACUCACCGUCCAAUGCCAUUGAUUAUUCACAAUUAGCAUCCUUUGUUUUUCCUAAACACAAGGAUGACACACCCACCAACGAAACACUUCAAGAUAUUGACUUGACUGCUGCCAAUUCAUUUGCAGACAAUGUCAUACCUCAUCACUCAAACUUUGAGGACAAUGAAUCCUUUGUCAAGUUGGAAUUAGAUUUUUCAAAAAACGAACCUAACAAUUGUUCUCAGAGCAAGGAAGAACAAACUCUCAAUUCUUCAAACGACACAAGUACGCAGUACCAAGUGUCGCAUCUCUCCACGAAUUUGGCCACAAUUCAAAUACCGCUCAAUGUUGUUGUAACCAUUAUGUUAGUUUUAUUCCAACAGAUGUUGCAUCAAACCAUUCUCACUCUCUCAUUGGCCAUCUUUUGCUGCAUGCUUCUGUCCCUUGUUGAAGAUCAUUCAAGACGAAAUGAAUCUCUGGCAAAAGCAAACGCUCGACUGAAAGAACUCAUUCGUUUGUGUAGAGAUCAAAGCACGGAAAUGUUGAGAAAUGAAUCGUUCAUGUUUGAAAUCCCAAACCUGAGUCUAUUUUGUGUGUUAAACCAUUUACAAAGUCGAUAA